GACGGUGUUGCCCUAUUGAACAACACAAAUGUGAAGCUCAACCUAACCUUUGCUGAAGUAGCAGUGGCAGGAGGUGCUCUAGCAAUUGUAGAAACCGUCAAGGCUGAUAAUACGGCUGUUAUUCCCAUGAAUGAGCUGGUAACCCUCCACCAGGACCACACCAUAACUGCAGAUGUUGCUUUUGACAAGGUUCUGGUUGAUAACCUGCAAGUCUCUGGUACAGUCGAUGCCUUGACUGUGGACGAUUCUACUCUUCUACUGACCUAUGGUGAACAAACUGUAAAUGGACUGGUAACGGUAGAUGGUGCUGAUAGUACACUAAUAAGUACUACCAAUGUCAAUGGCAGAAACUUCGAUGAUUUUGUAGCAUCUCUCAUUGUGAAUGGAACCACAGAUACUUUUGAAGGACUGCUGGAAGUAGGUGAUGAUCUAAUAGCGCCCAACAUAGAUACUGUGGAAAGCAUGACGCCCCUUAACCCUGUAGAUGUUAAGGCCCGUGCACUCCUCCACACAACAACCAACACCCAAGUUGUUACUGGACUCCAUAGUGUUGGCAGCCUGGAGGCGGUUAAUGGAGUUUGGUUUGACAAUCUGAAUGGUGUUCUAGUACCAGAUGAGGUAUUCCUGAAGGAUGAAACGGUGACAGUCUCUGUUCCCACCACUUUCGACUCUAUCUCGGCUCAGAGUAUUCAAGUAACAAAUGCCAUAAACGAUGUGAAGCAAGUGGGAGGCAGCUUGGAAUUCCUCUUGCUUAACAAGGAUGCAACCCUGUCAAAGAAGACCUUCACCAGUCUCACACUAGAGAAGGACUCUACUGUGGCCAAGCUAGUGGCUGGUUAUGACUUGGAUUACUUAGCAACAGGACUUCAUGAACAGUUCUUGCAGGAUCUUAAUGCUGGAAGAGCUGUGAACGGCUCGGUGAUCUUCGAGAAGGAACUAGAUGUUACUAGUGAUAAGAUCCAUGGUGUUAGUAUUGGCAAGAUCAGGGAUACAGCAGUUCCCCUCACUGCCACAAGCUUGAAUACUGCUCUGACCUUUGAAAAACCUGUCCAGAUUGCUGGUGCUUUGACUGUUUCAUCUACCAUUAACGGAGUUGGAAAGGAUGACUACGUACUCUUGGAUUCUGACCACACCAUUGUCUCUCCAAAGACCUUUGUUUCGGAUAUGGAGUGUCGUGAUGAUGUGACGGCAGGACUGGUCAGUGGUUAUGACCUUGCCAAGUUUGCAACUGAUGUAGUACUCAAGAAGGGCUCUGCACAGAACAUUCUACAAGACUUGUCAAUGACGUCAGCAGAUGUGAAUGGUGACCUGAAUGUAGGCGGCCAAAUAACCAUUGGUGGUGUAAACUUUGAUAGUGUCGUCGCUCUUAAUGCAACUGAAACCGUGAGAGGCCAGAAGACUUUCACAGAGGUUGAAGUAACUUCUUCAACAUCUGCUGGUGCUGUUAAUGUGGGUAACUUUGGAACAGUUGAUGGUGUAGUGAUCAAAGAAAUUUUCUUUGACGACAGCCUGAGGAAAUCUGUGUCAACAACCCAGGAGUUGGUUGGUAGGAACAUGGUUACAAUAGUAGCACAAAAUGCUGAAGGAACAGACCUUUCGGCCUUUGAAAGGAAGGUUGUGUACAAGGAUACAACGGAGACCAUUUCUGGUGGUUUAACAUUUGCAGGCUCGGUUUCGGUAGAUACUCUUCACUUCGAAAGAGACUUUGAUGGUGUGUCAGAACAAGCAUACAAGUCUGCUUGGCUUCUAAAUGAGGGUCCCCAGACCCUAACUGGAGUGAACUCUCUUGCCAAUGUUGAUGCAUCUGCUGUGACCUUCCAAGGAACAUACAUAGAUAAUGUAGAUAUUGGUCGCUUGCAUACAAUGACUGCAAAGAUUGAUGAACAGACCACUCUGAAUUCGACAACAUUUGUUGAGGUGGAGUCAUUAUCUCCAAUUACCUUGGAUGGAACUAUCCAAGGCUGGCAUCUUCAUGAGCAGGCCUUGCAGUCUUCCUCAACACAUCAAAGGGUUACUGGCAGGAAGAAGUUUACAAAACCCAUACACAUUAAAAACAGUAUUGCUGUAAAUGACUUUGUCAUUGUUCCUAAAGUGGGUGGUGGAGAACCCCUGGUGCUUGAAAUGAGCCAAUUCUGUAGCUCUUUCAUGCAGAAUGGAAAGGUCAUGGGAGACCUUGUAGUAAACGGUAAUGCCGUGUUCAAUAAGGACUUGGCUAUCAGCAACUCCUUCAACAAUGAGAACGUGGCAACCCUUGCCAGUGUGUUUUGGCUGAGUGACAUGGAUAACACGGUAUCUAGUGUAAAGGACAUCGAUAGUGCCCAAGUCACUGGGAAUGCACACAUCAUAAUGAAGGGCUUGAUAAAUGGUGAAGACUUCUCUACCUUGUCAGAAGAAGUACUGAAGAACACUUGUAAAGAACAAAGGGUAACUGCAUCUUGGAAUCUGGCUAACCUUGAAGCUUCUAGCUUGCAAGCAGACACUGUAACAAAUCCUCUACAGGAUUCGGAUGUGUUUGACCUUGAAAGAAUCCUGAGGACAGACAAGAUGCAGACCAUUUCUGGUGCAAAGACCUUCCCAGAAGUCCAAGUAACAGGAUCUGUGGCUCUUGAUGGAACCCUCAAUGGACUGGAUGUGAAGACCAAUUUAGUUCAGUACGGUAAGAGUGCAGAAAUAACUGCUGAAAAGACUUUCAAUCAAAAGCUGACCAUAAAAGGAGACUUGUCCAUGGGCAGUGGUAGCACUGUACAGGGUGUUGAUGUAUCGGCAUUUGAAGAAUCUGCUGUACUACAUAAUGACAGUGGCAUUACAAAGCCUGUUAGUGGAAUUACUACCUUCAAAGGCUUGACCUUGAAGAACCUGGAAGUUGGUGGUACUGUUGAUGGUGUACAGGUAGAUAGUAAUACUAUUCUCCUGACCACUGGAGCACAAAAUGUAGCUGGCUUGGUCACUGUAUCUGUACCUGGACAAGACAAGGUAGUCUUUGUUGAGCAGAACCUUGAGGUCCAGGACAAGAAGUUCAACUCGAUCAGUCUUGAUAAGCUGUAUGAAGAUACGGUUCGUGUUGAUGGGAACAAGGAUACCAUUACAGCAGAAGUAACCUUUGCAGCAUCUCCAACAUUUUCAAGCUUGACUCUUGAAAACCACCUUGUAAAUGGUUACAACUUGACAGACCUCAUAUUGGUACUUAAUGGUAAACACACCCUUGAUAAUAUGGGAGAUCUUCUAGAAGAAGCCAUCACAGCUUCACAAGACUCAAAUAUGGUACUUGAGGAAAGGCCAACUGACCUCUGGUACUUCUAUGAAACAAGGUUCCAGGAGAAACUGUACAAGCUACAACCAGUCACGUUGUCAAAUCCCUUGGGACACAACUCUGUUGAUGCUUUUGUUGGCCUGAACUGGGAUGAUACAAGUGUCCAGAUAUAUGGGCCCGAGCUUGGAAGAAGAUCCUUAGCUGAUGAACUAAAGGACCUCUGUGAAGAGAAGGAACAUUUGGAUGUGUUGUCAGCUUUCCCACCCACAAGCAGUAUUAGUGUUCCUAAAGCAACUGUAGCUGCUGGCUUGGGAAGCAAUCACUUGGCUGUAUGUGGCAACUCGCUUGUAACUUUCCCAUAUACAGCUUCGUCAACCUACCAACAGAUUUCAGAUGAGCUGGGCCAAGGAACCUCCUAUGGCCACAUCUUCUCCAUUAGUCCAGUCGAAACUGUUGUAUCCUUCAGUACCAUACAAUGCAGAGACCUAGUGGCAUUCCACUUGCAUAAUGGUAAGGACUGCUUGGCAGUGAUUGAUCAUGAAACCUCCUCUGCUGUGAUUUGUGGAACUGCACCAACAGGAUACAGGCUACUGAACUACCUGGGAACUAGUCGUGCAGUUGAGGCAGCAGCAUUUACCUUGGGGAAAACUUACCUGGUUGUGCUGGAAGAUGAUUCCUUCAGCUCUUCCUCAAAUUUGAAGACUUUCAAAUAUGAUGCGGGUACAAACACUAUGGCUCUGGAGUUCAACCAUGACCUACAAAAGGCUUCACACCUUGAUGCCCUGGCUGGCAAGAAUGAAGCAUAUGUAGCAGUGACUCACAGCUCCUCCCCUAUUGCUACAGGGAGUGUUGACAUAUUCACCAUUAAGGAUAAAUCUGGUUCUGUGGAGAUGGAGAAAAUGCAGACCUUGAAGGUGCCUGGUGCUUUGGCAAGUAACUUUGGAGAAUUGGCCAAGUAUGAUAUGGGUCUCUUCAUCCAGACUGAGCAUGGUGUUCAUGUGUAUGUCUUGAAAGGAAUGCAGUUCGUGUACGAAAGGAUGGUAAAAACUGUACCUGCACGGAAACCCUUCUCAUUCCCAUUCUACCAUACGGGCCAGAAUACCACCUUCCUUCUGUACGCUGGCAAUGAUGUUGAAGGUGGACAGCUAGGUGGGAAUGCAAGAGCUUAUGAAGCAGUCUACAGGCCUUAGUUUUAAUCUUUUAAAAAUAUAUUUAAUUAGAACUCUC